GUCUCGGAAGCGGAAAGGGCGGCUGGGGAGCCGGGAGCCGGCGGGCGGGCAGAUGGCGGAGUGCGGGCCGCAGCCCCCCGGGGGUGGGAGCGGGGCUGCGGGAGCGCCCAGCAGACACGAGAAGAGCUUGGGGUUACUGACAACCAAAUUCGUCUCGCUGCUGCAGGAGGCGAAGGACGGAGUGCUCGACCUGAAGCUGGCUGCAGAUACCUUGGCUGUGCGACAGAAGCGACGGAUUUAUGAUAUCACAAAUGUCCUGGAAGGCAUUGGGUUGAUUGAGAAGAAAUCCAAGAACAGUAUCCAGUGGAAAGGGGUGGGUCCUGGAUGCAACACACGUGAAAUAGCUCACAAACUUAUUGAGCUGAAGGCAGACAUAGAGGACCUGGAGCAGAGGGAACAGGAGCUGGAGCAGCAGAAGAUGUGGGUUCAGCAGAGCAUCAAAAAUGUGACAGAAGACGUGCAGAACAGUCGAUUAGCCUAUGUCACACAUGAAGAUAUCUGCAAGUGCUUCACAGGUGACACCCUCCUUGCCAUUCGAGCCCCAUCAGGCACACGCCUGGAGGUUCCCAUCCCCGAGGGCCUAAAUGGGCAGAAGAAAUAUCAGAUCCACCUGAAGAGCACCAGUGGGCCCAUUGAUGUUCUCUUGGUAAACAAAGAUGCGUGGAGCUCUCCUGCUGUUGUUCUUCCUGUCCCUCCCCCUGAAGACCUCAUCCAGUGCCAAGCAGCUGCCCCCUCCAAGCCGCAGAUCCCACCACUCGCCCACUUCCAGGAGGCUGCAGUUCCCAGCAGCACCCGACCCUCCACACCCACUCCCACACCCACCCAGGACCAGCCUGCCCCCACCCAGAAAGCUGCCAGCACAGAGUGUGGUGUCUCAGCAGCAGAGUCCAAGAGCAGCAGUGACUUUGCCCCUCUCGGUGAUGCUUCUGGGUUGGACACACAGCCCCUGCAGUCCUCUGCCUCUCUGGACAGCUCUGCAGUUCUGCCCAGCCCCUCUACCUCCUUCGAGCCUAUCAAGCCCAACCCCACUGGAAUACUGGAACUUCCCAAAGAGCUGUCAGAGAUGUUUGAUCCAACAAGAGAAUGUAUGAACUCUGAACUGCUGGAAGAGUUGAUGUCUUCUGAAGUGUUUGCUCCCUUGCUCCGUCUCUCCCCUCCACCUGGAGACCACGACUACAUCUACAACCUGGAUGAGAGCGAAGGUGUCUGUGACCUCUUUGAUGUGCCUGUCCUCAACCUCUGACUCCGGGGUGCAACACAAACCUUUUUGUAACUCUUUGGAUAGUGUCUAUUUUCUGAUCCCUUUUGUGCUAGAGCUCAAUGAGUGAGCCAUUCAGAGAUGCCCUCCUGUGGACACAGAGCCAAGAUCCGUGGACUUGCCAGCUGGAAGCCACCCCAGAGCUCCUUCCUCUCCCUCUGUUGCACAUGCAGGGUUCAUGUACAGCUCCCUCUGCUGCAUCCCUCUCUUCACUGGAUCCUGGGCUGCGUCUGGAGUGUUCCCAGAUCACCUGCAGAGUUUGCCCGGGGGCCUCUCCGAGCUUCCUCAAAUUUUGUUUUUUUUUUUCCUGCACUCCUAGAGGCACUUUGCACCUCCUAGGUACCAGCUGCUACAGAGAGCCCAAGCACUGUGGGCAGUUCCCAGGCAGCUAGUUAGGUUUCUCAGUGUCAGUGGGUCAGGUUGGGAUGGUUACACUUCUGAAAGACAAUGAGGAGGGGAAAAGGAAAAAAAAAAAAAAAAAGAAAUGGCACCAAUGUGUCCAUUUGUUCCAGUGACUCCAGACCAAGCUUAGUAUGUUUU